CCAAGCUCCAAAGGCCAGUCUCGCUCGCAUCCCUCACUCCCUGCUUCCCAACAAACUAAGGACGACGACGACGACACGCAUACGCCUCAACGUACGUAUACGGAACCCGUCGCACUGCACAGAGCACGCGGGCAUGGGCCUCCUCGACCAGCUCUGGGACGAGACGGUGGCCGGCCCUCGGCCGGACCACGGCCUCGGCAAGCUCCGAAAGUACUCCUCCUUCUCGCCGUCCUCGUCCUCACUGGCCGCCGCGGACGUCGCGCCGGCGGUGACCCGCAGCAUCACCAUCCUCCGGCCCCCGUCCCUCUCGGUCCCGUCCGGCGAGUCGAGCUCCCUGCCCUCCUCCCCGGCCGGUGCGCCGGACUCCCCGUUCGCAGCAGCUACCACGCCCAGGGGCGACGGCUGGAGGUCGUUCCGCCGGAAAUCCAAGAUGGCCGGCGUCGGAGAGGAGGCUGCUGUCGGGCCGAGAAGCCCCACCGUGUACGACUGGGUGGUGAUCAGUUCGUUGGACCGAUGAACUACAAGGACGGAGGAAGUGCGAAAUAAUGGACCAACCAGGGAGGAAGUUAUGUAGUAGCGCGUUUGAGGCUGCGUCGUCCGCGACUUGGUCUAUGCAAUUGUCCUGUGUGAGAUGGUCUGCGCCCGUGCGGCUGCCCGGCGCCGAUCGGAUCUCCGCGUAAGGAUAUAUGUAUUGAGUAGUUGUAGAUUCCGAGGCGAUCGAGAUGCGUAGCCUUCACGAGAUACCUUUUUGUGGGGGAAGAUGAGCGCUGAAAUGAAAUGAGGAUGCAACGCAAGUGUUCGAUCC